CGGCCGUGAACAUCUAUCCCUAUGUGGGUUUGGCUGCCCUGGACAUCAUUACCGAAACGGCUAUGGGCGUGAGUGUGCGCGCCCAAGAAGAUGAGGAUUCCGAGGUGGUGCACGCUGUAAACGAGUAGUCUGACGAACGUGUUGGCCACCAAGUUCAUGAGACCGCAUCUUUUAUUUCCCCAGCUCUUCCGCCUGUGCUGGCCCAGUGGAUUCAGAAAGCAACAAGCAGGGGUCAACUGCCUGCAUCAGUUCACGAAUAGAAUCAUAGAGCAGCGCCGCCACUUGCUGGCCAGGGAGGCCCACCAAGAUAAGCCAGAGAAGCGACAUGCCCUGCUGGACACUCUCUUGCGGGCCACUGUGGACGGUCAACCACUGACCGACAAGCAAAUUCGCAAUGAGGUGAAUACCUUCAUCUUUGAGGGUCACGAUACCACGACUUCGGCGGUGUCUUUUUGUUUGUAUCUGCUUUCCCGCCAUGAGGUAGUGCAGCAACGGCUGUUCGAGGAGCUGAAGGAGCACUACGGCCGGGAUUUGAACAGGGGCGUAAAUCACUUGGAUUUCGCUGAGCUUCCCUAUCUGAACUGCGUGGUCAAGGAGUCACUGCGACUGUAUCCCCCUAUUCCGGCAGUGGCUCGCUGUAUGGAAAAGGAUUUGGCCAUAGAAGGAGGAUACGUCCCAGCUGGAACCGACGUAGUCGUACUCCUCUGGCAGCUUCUCCGGGAUGAGGCACUCUUUGCCAAUCCCCUGCUCUUCCAACCGGAGCGGCAUAUGGGAGAAGAGGCCACCAGACUGGGGCCCUACAGCUACAUACCCUUCUCCGCAGGUCCGAGGAACUGCAUCGGCCAAAAGUUUGCUUUGCUGGAGAUGAAAACCAUGGUGAUCAAGCUGGUGCGGCAUUACCAGCUGCUUCCAAUGGGCGUGGAUGUGCAGCCCAGCAUCAUGAUUGUGCUGCGAUCGAGGACCGGGGUUAAUUGUGGGCUUCGGCCGCGGUUGUAUUAAUAUUUUGUGAUUUUAUGAUUAAAAUU